UAGGGCCCAAAUUCAAAUGCCGGCCCAGUGAGGCUUUCACCUGCAUUUGCAAACCUAUCCCUUCGGCAUAUUGCGAAAUUAGGGUUACACUACGCUAUUUUUGCAGAAAACCGAUUCAAUUUCCAGUGUAUCUACCUGCCUCCACUUGCAAUGGUGAAUGUUCCAAAGACAAAGAAGACUUACUGUAAAUCAAAGGAGUGCAAGAAGCACACCUUGCACAAGGUUACCCAGUACAAGAAGGGAAAGGAUAGUUUAGCUGCUCAGGGUAAGCGUCGUUACGACCGCAAGCAGUCUGGCUAUGGUGGACAGACAAAGCCCGUUUUCCACAAGAAGGCGAAAACAACGAAGAAGAUUGUGCUAAGGUUGCAAUGCCAGGGCUGCAAACAUGUUUCCCAGCACCCUAUUAAGAGGUGCAAACACUUUGAAAUAGGAGGAGAUAAGAAGGGCAAAGGAACCUCUCUUUUCUAAGUAUAUUAUUGCUUGCUGCCUUUUUUAUAUUGGGUUCCUUUUUUCUAAGUAUAUUUUGGAUUUAGCUAAGCAUUUGAUUAUAUGAGACUUGGUUGUAAGUUUUGUUUCGAACACUAGUGUUAUGCAUAAUUAAAGCAGUUUUCGCUAGUUA